CAGCCGUUGGUUGUCUAACCUAGACUGCUACAGAUAGCCCGCAAUACACUCUGACCUAGUUUGUCUGGCAGUUGGUCUUUGACAACAUCUUUGACGACAUCGCGCUUGAGGCAAACUCUUGCGUGCAACUGUUAUGUUGUCCAGCAUCGCGCUUUGACGAAAUCGUUGUAGACUUGCCCUACUACUACCACUGCCUCCGCUACCCCGCGAAACGCGCCAACCAUGGCGUUGCCCGGCGUUCGCGGACGCGCCGUGUCGUAGACGCAAUACGGACGCAACCGGCGAUGGCGGAAAGCCGCAUGCUACACUGCGUGAUAGUAGCGUAGUUUUGAGACGUCAAGCGCGCCGAGUCGUAGACGCAUUACGGACGCAACCGGCGAUGGUGGAGAACCGCAUGUUGCCUAGCGUGUGGAGCUAACGCAGUUAGAGAGGCGCCGCGUGUGUAGAGCUCAGGCAUUUCUGUUGGCGCCGCGCCGAAUUGCAUUGCAUUUCAAGGUAGAGCUCAGGCAUUUCAAGGCAUUUCAAGGCAUUUCAAGGCAUUUCAAGGCAUUUCAAGGCAUUUCAAGGCAUUUCAAGGCAUUUCAAGGCAUUUCUGUUGGCGCCGCGUGUGUAGAGCUCAGGCAUUUCUAUUUCUGAGGCGCCUCAAAAAUAGACACUGCUCAGGCACUCCUCAGGCACUCCUCAGGCACUCCUAUUGGCGCCGCGCCGAAUUGCGCGUUUCUGGCUCGAUGAUCGCUAGCGACUCGGGAGAAUAAAUAAAAAACAUUGCGCGGAUGGCGGGGGGGAGCGGCCCGGCUCCGAUCUUCCUGGUGCUGACCGCGUUGUGCGGCGGUCGUACUCGCUAUAGUCUUCCUCCUUUUCGCGGAUGUGCUUUUGAUCGGCCUCUUUGGCCGCUCCUCACUCGAUGCAGCCACGGGAGGCUCUGCCUCCACGUCAGCAUCCACGCCAGCGUCCACGUCAGCGUCCAACGUGUCAGCCAUAUCAGAUCUUCUGCUGCAGGAGGAGAAGCGGCAGCAGCAGCUGCGUCAGCAGCAGGAAGAUAAGGAGAAGCUUCCUCUCUUGACCCUCCUCGUGCUUAGUGCCAACGUUCCGGCAGCACAUGCACCUCUGAUUGUGCCUCCUGCUAACGCUGCUGCUGCUGCUGCUGCUGCCGCUGCUGUUGGUGGUGAUGGUGAUGGGGCACCUCUGAUUGUACCUCCUGCUAACGACGCUGCUGCUGUUGGUGGUGCUGGUGAUGGGGCAGCAGCAGCAGCAGCAGCACCACAGGAAUUAUCAGAGGCUUCGUCAGCAGCAGCAGGAGGAGGAGCUGGGACAGCAGAGGCAGAGGCAGGAGGGCUUGUAUCCAAAGGCGAUAGCAGCGGCAGCAGCAGCAGCAGCAGCAGCGGGAGCAGCAGCGGUAGCAGCAGCAGCAGCAGUAGCGGCAGCCACGCUGGUCUGAUUCCAGUGGUGCUCUUUCUACGGGGGAAUCCAGGGUGCAACCGGGGAAGGUACAUGCAGGCCUCCCUGCGCCAGGCGCUGCUGCUCAACACGUGGCUCAUUCUCAUUGGCCCGCGGGCUUGCAGCCAGGAAAUGGGCGAGAUGGGGGUAGAGUUGGAAGUCUAUGAAGAUUAUGAGGGUAAUUCGGGGAUAGAGGAGCGAUUUGUGACGGAGAUAGGGAAAGUUAUGGCCUACCACGUGCGGUGGUUUUUCUUAUAUGAAAUGAUGGUGCGAAGGAAUAUCUCGAGGGUGUUUUACACGGAUAAUGACGUGCUGCUGUUCGUUAAUGUCACACAGUUCGUACAAUCACACCUGCCAGAGGCGAAGCUCUCCCUGGCCAUGCGGUCCAACAGCGUGCGCAUCAGAGCAGUCAGCGGCCACGUCUCCCUCUGGUCUCAAGAGGCUCUGGCGGACUUCCUCGCCUUCUUCAUUCUCUUCUUCCAGGCAAGUGCCAGUUCUGCUGGGUCUGUUGCUAGGUGUCAACACCAGGCAAGUGCCAGUUCUGCUGGGACUGUUUCUAGGUGUCAACAUGGUGCUGCUGGGGUGGCGAUACAAACCACAUGGUCCGUAUUCCUUCUGACACCCUCAUUCCUUUGAGGCACCAUCUCCUGCCCUUUGGGCCCCCCUAUGCAGCAACCAGUGGCGGGUGGAAGGGCCGGAGACUCCGAUUUUUGCCUUCCUUGUUAACUUACAACCACAUGGUGCUGGUGGGGUGGUGCGUCCUUCAUUCCCCCUCUCGCACUCAACCCUGCUCACCAUCUCUAUUUCUAUUUCUGAUUUCUGAAACCCUGCUCACCACCUCUUGCCCUUGGGUCCCCCUAUGUAGCAAGCGGUGGCGGGAGGAAAGCCAGGAGACCCGUCUCUCCCCUCCCAGCGGGCAUACAACGACAUGGUGCUGCUGGGGUGGUAUGUCAGCCACACGUGCUGGACCUCUGCGCCCGACCAACUGCCUAAAACUUGCAAAGACAAGGAGAAGUCUUCUCAGUACCCGCGCCUGCACGGCAAGUUCACUCCGGCCUUCAAGGCCGUGUCCCUGUGCGCUCCAAGGCAGUGCCAAGCCACCGCUUGGAGCGAUCCUGGCUGGUGCGCCUUUGACAACAACUUCUCCCUCACUGGCAAGAGGAAGAAGUUUCACUUCUGCCCGAAGCAAGCCAUGAAGAUUCCGACUUCAGUGCACUACGAGUAUUUUAAACCCUUUGUGGGCAGGCAGCAGAACAAAGGGGAGAGUGUACAGUUUCUGGCUGUACACUUUCAGGGUAGGAAGAAAGCACAACUAAAGGACGAGGAUCCUUGUGUAACAUGGGGCUCUAGCAGGGACUGAAAAUGCUUAUGCUAUCACUUGUCACAAUCCAUACAUAGGUAUUCGCUUUUCCUUCUACCGGUACAUCUCUUUUAUGUCUAUAAGCUGUAUUCUCUAUGCACU